AUGGCGGAGGAACCGUCCGCCAAGCGUCAUCGUGCCGAGACGUCGGACAAGAGGAGCAACCUCGUCGACAUUAAAGUCCCCGGCAAGAAGCGCAACUACACCAGAACGCUCAAAGGGGUUGAGCUCCACGACAAGGAGACGCUGGAGAUCGUCUGCACCAGCGAACCAGACAAGGCCGACGAGGUGAUCUCCAGGAUGUGGAUGAAGCUUGGCGGCAGGCCCAAGCGCCUGUCCGACAUGCUGCAGCAUGACAAGUUGUUCACGUUUGCCGGUUUCAGCGUUGAAACCGACAAAGAGAAGCUGAAGUUGUCCGGUAUGGAGAUCAACCCCAACAAGUUCAUCGACAUUCAGCGCAAGUGGAGAGUUCCAUACACCGGAAAAGAGUACGACUCCUUGACUAAUGUUGCAGCCAGCGUCAUCCACCCAUUCUACAAAGGCAUGAAGAACAAGAUCAACACGUAG